CCGCCAUUUUGUUACACUCGCAAAUCCUCUUCUAUUUGAUAAAGUAGCGGCGUAUUUUUGUGUGAAUUAUAGUUUCGAGUACAUAAAUACGAAUAUUUCAACUUGAUUUCAACUCAAAAAUUUACUAAAAGCUUCCAACAGCAAGAAAAUAAUUCAUUUUCAUUUUGACAAGUCAAUGUGACAUUUCGGUUUUUUUACGAAAAAAGUCAUAGUUAUCACGUAAUUUUUCCUUUUGCUGUUUUAUUUUUUAAUUAAAAAAGUAAAGUACAGUCUACCUAUUCCCAUUCUGUAUAUAGUGUUUUAUUUUAAAAUAAUCGUACGUGUAUAGUUUGAAAUUACCGUAAGAUAGUUGGAUUAUUGAUACGUUGUUAUAAUUACACCAUCGGCCAACAAUAAAUAGCUUGGUUCCUUUUUCAAAAAAAAUAUGUCGACCUAGAGUCCGAUUUUAAAAAAAAACAAAUUUGACAUUUUGAUUUUUUCUUGUUCCCGCUGAAUACAAUUGUUUUGAAUUAAAUGCACUAAAAUAUAAGAUUAUUUAUUUUGUUAAUUAAAUUGUAACAUAAAAACGUUCUGUAUUACAUUUCUUAGUAGUCGUAGUUGUAAAUUUGUUUCUAAUACUGUGGCCUUUAGUGAAAAAUGUCAUCAAAACCUGUGAGAAUGGUAAAUGUUGUUCCUACAACUAAAAUAAAGAAAGAAGUCCUAGACGAUGACGACGACAAUAUAUCUUGUAAGUUGUGUAGUAAAGGGUUCGCAAGUGAGAUGGCGCUCAAUAAUCACGCCAAGAUGGAACACAUGGAAGCUUGGAUGGCCGGCGAAGAUGUUUGUGUUAAGAAAGUUGUUGUUAAUAAUAAAAAUAAGUUCACGGAAGCCCAAUUGAAAGCGAUCAAAUUAAAAACGGAAAAGAUGUUAUCGUCCAUGCAACCAACAGACAUGAGCGCGCUGUCUUCUCCAGAUGUCGGCUACAUUAUUAUAAAAGAUGACAGUAUACCAAGUGACGCGAAGGAAAUAAAACGAGCAAAACUCGAAAGUAUGAAAGGCAAGAAAAAAGAGGACAAGGAGAAGGAACCGAUUCCUAUAUCCGGUCCGUUCGAAUGCCUGCAACCGUCGAACUUCAUAGCGGACGGCACGUGCCAUCAAAUGUUCUUCUCGUGUUGCGAGUAUUCAGCGCACUACAGGGACGAACACACACGCCGGCGCAAGGGCGUGCGCUGUCAGGUGUGCGAGCGGCCGUUAGCCGCUGAGAGAACUGCGAACUAUACGUGUCAGACAUGCGGCGCAGGCUUCGACCACGAAGAACAUUUAUCCGAACACUAUACAACCGCGCACAUAAAGACCAAACCCCACCAAUGCAAUAUUUGCAACAAACGAUUCACGCAAGUCGGCGGUUUGCAGCAACACAUGAGAACACACACAGGCGACAGACCCUUCACCUGCAAGUACUGCCCUAAAGCGUUCACACAGAAAUCCGGUCUGGACCAACAUUUGAGAAUACACACAAAAUACAAGCCAUACAGAUGUGUGAUUUGCGGAAAAACCUUUUGUCAGUCUGCGCAUUUGCAGCAACACAUGCGAACGCAUACGAAUGUUGCGCCGUUUCAAUGUUCGAUUUGUGAUAAACGGUUUAAACAGAGCAGUCAUUUAAAUUAUCAUUUGAAAUAUCACAAUCCGGUUAAUAUGACAAAAGAGCAGAGGGAGAAGUACGCGAAGCUCUUGGAAAUGGUCGGCCCCGGUAAAAGUGACGAACAAGGGCAAAGUGACCACGAAGUCGGGCAAAGUGAACACGACGUCGGGCAAAGUGAACACGACGUCGGGCAAAGUGACCACGAUGCCGGGCACAGUGUCUAUCAUGUCAAGAUCGAGAAAAAUGACGAUCAAAAUUACCAUAUGGGGCAAAAUGACCACGAGGUCGAACAAAGUGACCAUGACAUUGUGCCUAGUGACCAUGGCAUUGUACCAAGUGACCAUGUGCUCGUGCAAUGUGACCAUGAGUUUGUUGAAGCGCAACAACUUAUUGAGGAAGGUCAGGAAUAUGUCGAAAUUGCGGAUUUAUUUGAAAAUGGCGAAGAUGGGCAUGUGAAAAAUGUAUACAUAUUGACUAGUGAUUCUUUGGGACACCCUGUAGUGUAUGAAUAGUGGUCUAUCAUUGUGGUGGAUUUCAUCGGAAAGUGUUUAGCGGUUUACGUGAUAAGAUGUGUAAUGGAAUGUAUUUUAGAUGUAUAUAGUAUGUUUUCGGUUAAAAUAAGCUUUUUUAUAAAAAUGCACAGUAUGUAAUAAAAUUAAAUUAUUAUU